CAAUUAGUGGAGGCUGAAUCUAGCCAAGUUCUCUUAGCCUUUCUAGUGAGCUAUGGAUGAAAGCAAAGAUGUGCCAAAAGAUUUUAUCAAGCUCAAGUCUGAAAAGCUCUCUGUAGAUGAAGUAUCAGAGCUGGUCAUUUCACCAUGUUGUGGGGCAGUGUCUCUGUUCGUUGGUACUACAAGAAAUAAUUUUGAAGGGAAAAAGGUGAUUUGCUUAGAAUAUGAAGCAUAUACUUCAAUGGCAGAGAUCGAAAUAAAGAAAAUCUGCAGAGAUAUUAGACAGAAGUGGCUAUCAGUCAAACAUAUUGCAGUGCACCACAGACUUGGUGUGGUUCCAGUAACUGAAGCAAGUGUAAUUAUUGCAGUCUCCUCUCCACACAGAGCAGAAUCCCUUGAAGCCGUAACAUACUGCAUCAAUACCUUAAAAGCAUCUGUCCCAAUAUGGAAAAAGGAGAUUUAUGAAGACGAAUAUUCUUGGAAAGAAAACAAGGAAUGCUUUUGGACAAAUUCAGAAAAAUAAUUGUUCUCUUUUAAAAAUAGUGUUACUCUUCCUAAUAAGCAUACUAGUUAGCUUUGGUUUUUACAGAUAAUCCAUAUGUUUAUAAGUAGUUGUGGGCAUUUCAAUAUGAAUAAUUUAAUUAGGACUGCAUGGAAUUAAUGAAUUUAAAGCAAUCUUCCCCAGAAUUAUUGGUGGCAAAGUGUUCAGCCCUCUGUGAUACCAGCUGUUUUAAUGCCUUUACAUUGAUACUCAGGUACUAUUUCACUGUCUGCAUGGGAGGUCACAAGAGGACAACUGGAAAUUUUUGUAAUCUCAAAAUGUUAAGUAGGUUUUCUAUGACUGUAGAAUCAGUUUGCAAGCUUUAUGCUAUUUUGACAUUCUUGUAACAGGAAAGCUACUUGAAAUAUAUUAAACAUUUUGAUAGAGACACAGAAGAAAAUAUAACCUAUACCCCAGAGUUACUAACUUUUUAAUAGUGCUAAUGUUCCAGAAGCUCUGUCUCACAGAAACAUUUUUACUGUGCAGCUGGUGUUACAAAUCCAUUGUGUUAAAAUAAUAUGGACAGACUUUGAUUCAAAGUUGGAUGUAAUACUCUACCAGCAACAAACUUGCAUUAGCAGUAACAUGGCAAACCUGUAACUACUUAAUGUCUAGACAUGAUUAAUUUGAAGGAGUUUUUUUGGCUGUGUAAUUGUAUGGUGCUGCAUUAAAAAAAACAAACGAAAAAACCCCAAAACAAACAAAAACCCCCAAACAAACAAAAACACCCAACAGAAAACCAAACCAGCAAUUACUACAAAUAGACAACUUAUAAUUUGUAGUCUUGUAAACUUAUGAUAAGUUUAAUUGGGUUUAGUAGUUUGACUUUAGGAUUCAAAGUUAGUGAAAUUGAUUACUUUUUCCAAGGGAAGCCCCUGUACUGAACCUUUUGCUAUUUAUGUAUGCAUUUAUAGUCACAUUCGUAAUUUUAAUACAGUUUUUCUCAUGUUACUUUUUUUUUUGAAACCUAUUUAAAAAGAGUCUGACAUAGUAUGUCAGUGGGCUGCUUAUCUGAGCCAUGGCAGUGUUUAGCUGUCAGGUGUUCAAAAUCUAUUGUGUAUGGCACUUUUAACUCAUGCUGGGACUCGGUGUAGACAAGAUAGGUAUAAAGGAAUGGAAAUGAGGUAAAGUAAAAUGAUUUGCUCAAGUUUAUGUCUCAUUGUGUCACACAAUGUUUAAGCCCUCAGCUGUAUAAUCCAUUUAAUGGUAUCUGCAAUAAGAAUCUACAAGCAGUUCCUAUCUGUACAAAAAUAA